AUGUCAGCCGAGGAAACCAAGCCAGCAACAACGGACGCUUCCGCCGCUCCAAAACCACCAACAUCAAACGUCUUUUCCAUGUUUGGAGCCAAGAAGGAGAAAAAGGAAGAACCAGCAGCUGAAACCGAAGCUAAGUCCAAGACCGAGUCCAAGACUGGGUCCACCACCGAGGCUGCCGCUGACGAGGAAGAUAAGGCCGACGAGGAAGAAGCCGACGUGGAAUUCACGCCCGUGAUCCAGCUCGACAAGAAAGUCGAGGUCAAGACCAACGAAGAAGACGAAGAAGUCGUAUACAAAGUGCGCGCUAAAUUGUUCAGAUUCCACGCAGACUCCAAAGAGUGGAAGGAGAGAGGCACGGGCGACGUCAAGUUUCUCAAGCAUGGCACCACGGGCAAGACUCGUAUCGUGAUGAGAAGAGACAAGACGUUGAAGAUAUGCGCCAACCAUUUGAUCUCCCCCGACUACGAAUUGAAGCCCAAUAUCGGCAGCGAUAGGUCCUGGGUCUAUAAUGUCACUGCUGACGUCAGUGAAGGCGAGCCGGAGGCGCAGACUUUGGCCAUCAGGUUUGGCAACAAGGAAAAUGCCGAUUUGUUCAAGGAGAACUUCGAUGAGGCCAAGAAGGGCAACGCCAAAAAGGAUUAG